GUCCCACUCGGAACCUGGCCCAGCGCGCGCAAUCGGGUAUCCGAUGAAAGUGACGGUGACCGUGCGGCACCCCCCUCCCAGCAUUCCCGUUGCAAAGACGCCGAGGAAGUUGGGAAGCAAUUUCUUCCCCCGCCACGGGCCCCCAUCGCAAAGCAAACGUUUGCACUCGAGGAUGGUCGUGGGAGCCCCGAAAGCCAACUGGUUGGCGAAUAGCUCUGUGGUCAACCCAGGUGCAAUAUUCAGGUGCAGGAUCGGGAGCAACCCCAAUGGGACUUGUGAGCAGCUCCAGCUGGGUGAUCCAGCAGGAGAACGUUGUGGAAAGACCUGCUCUGAAGAGAGAGAUAAUCAGUGGAUGGGUGUCAGCUUGUCCAGGCAGCCCAGAGAAAAUGGAUCCAUUGUUGCAUGUGGACAUAGGUGGAAAAAUAUAUAUUACAUAAAAAAUGAACACAAACUUCCUAAUGGUAUUUGUUAUGAAAUCCCUCCUGAUUUUCGAACACAACUGAGUAAAAGAAUAUGCCCUUGCUAUAAAGAUUAUGUGCGAAGGUUUGGAGAAAACCAUGGGUCAUGUCAGGUUGGGAUGUCUAGUUUUUACUUAAAGGAUUUAAUUAUAAUGGGAGCCCCAGGAUCAUAUUAUUGGACUGGUUCCGUCUUUGUGUACAACCUCACUGCGAAUAUCUUUCAAACUUAUGUAGAUUCAAAGAACCAAGUAAAAUUUGGAAGUUAUUUAGGAUAUGCUGUUGGAGCGGGUCACUUUCUGACACCAACUAGUACAGAAGUAAUUGGAGGAGCUCCCCAACAGGAGCAGACUGGUAAAGCAUACAUUUUUAGCAUUGGAGCAAAGCAAUUAAAUAUUCUAUUUGAACUAAAGGGUAAAAAGCUUGGUUCUUAUUUUGGAGCUGCUGUUUGUGCAGUGGAUCUGAAUACUGAUGGCCUCUCAGACUUACUAGUUGGCGCGCCAAUGCAAAGUAAAAUCAGAGAAGAAGGAAGAGUUUAUGUUUACAUCAACUCGGGUUCCGAAGCAGAGAUGCUAAAACUGAAGCUAGAACUAGCUGGGAGUGAUUCUUAUGCAGCAAGGUUCGGUGAAGCCAUAGCUAAUCUAGGAGACAUUGAUAAUGAUGGAUUUGAAGAUGUAGCCAUUGGAGCUCCCCAAGAAGACAAUCUAGAAGGUGCUAUCUACAUAUAUAAUGGCAGGGAGGAUGGGAUAUCUUCAUCCUUCUCACAGAGAAUACAAGGGCACAGAAUCAGCAACACUUUAAGCAUGUUUGGACAAUCCAUAUCAAGCGGCAUUGAUGCAGAUAACAAUGGAUAUUCAGAUAUAGCAGUUGGUGCCUUUCUUGAUGAUUCUGCCGUGCUACUGAGAACAAGACCAGUGGUGCUUGUUGAAGGUUCUUUAAAACACCCUGAUGCAGUAAAUCGAACUAAUUUAGAAUGUAUGGAAAAUGGCCAACCUGCUGUGUGUGUGAAUUUAAUGCUUUGCUAUACGUAUAAAGGACGAGAUGUCCCUGGUCACAUUGUACUGCUUUAUGAACUAAAUAUAGAUGUAAGCAGAAAGACAAACACUCCUGCAAGAUUUUACUUUUCUUCUAAUGGAACAUCAGAUAUGAUAUCAGGAAGUAUGGAUAUUUUUAACAGCAAUGUUACUUGCAGAAAUCAUUCAGCGUUUUUGAAGAAAGAUGUAAGGGAUAUCCUGACUCCUAUACAUAUUGAAGCUACUUAUCAUCUUGGACAUCAUGUUCUAAGAAAAAGAAGUAUGGAGGAGUUCCCACCACUUGAACCGGUUCUUCAGCAGAGGAAAGAAAAAGAUGCUAUUAAAAGCAAGAUGGUUUUUGCAAGAUUUUGUUCCAGAGAAAACUGUUCUGCUGACUUGAAAGUUUCUGGAAAACUUGCAUUUCCAAAACCUCAUGAAAAGAAAACCUAUCUUUCAGUUGGAAGUAUGAAGACUUUACAAUUGAAUUUAUCUCUGAGCAAUGCUGGAGAUGAUGCAUAUGAAACUGCCCUCCACAUCCAACUCCCUAAAGGUCUUUAUUUUGUUCGAGUUCUAGAACUGGAAGAAAAACAGAUACAAUGUGAAAUAUCAGAUGAAGCUCAGGCAAUGAGACUUGACUGCAGUGUUGGGUAUUUAUAUGUAGACCAUUUGUCGAAGAUGGAUUUUAGUUUUCUCUUGGAUGCAAGCUCACUUACCAAGGCAGAAGAUGAUCUCAGCAUCACUGUUAAUGCUACCUGUGAGAAUGAAGAGGAUAACAACCUGCUGUUGGAUAACUCCAUAAUUUUAGCCAUAUCUCUGAAACAUGAGGUUGAACUAAAUGUCCACGGAUUUGUACUACCAACUUCAUUUGUUUAUGGACCCAGUAUGGAAAAUUCAGCAAUUGAUUGCAUGAAGGAGAAGAUCAACUUCACUUUCCAUGUUAUCAAUGCUGGACCAAGCAUGGCUCCUGAUACAGAUUUGGAGAUAAUGAUUCCUAAUUCUUUUGCCCCAAGAGAGGAAAAACUGUUUAACAUUCUGGAUGUCAAGACAACUGCUGGAAAAUGUUUUUAUAAAAAUCGCAAAAGAGACUGCACUUUACCAGAACAAAAUCGAAGCACAAACAUAUUCAAUGAUCUCAUCUUUUUAUUUUCAAAGCCUAAGAAAAGGCAAAUGUACUGCAUGAAAGAAGACCAUUUGUGUUUCCGAAUACUGUGUAAAUUUGGAAGCAUGGAAAGUGGAAAAGAAGUAACUGUCCAAAUACAACUGGAGGCUACUCCUUCAAUUUUAGAAAUGGAUGAGGUAUCGUCACUUAAGUUUGAAGUAAGAGCUACAGCAUCACCAGAAAAAAAUUCAAAAGUCAUUGAACUACACAAGGAAAAGCAAGUUGCACAUGUCUUUUUGGAAGGACUACAUAACCAAAAGCCAAAAGGUCCUGUUUUUUUCCUGCUUAUUGGGAUAAGCUCAGCAGUUGGCAUAUUAUUGCUUUCGCUUGUAUUUAUACUACUCCAGAAGUUUGGCUUCUUUAAAAGACCAUAUAAACCUAUCCCUCAAGAGCAGCCCAAAGAGAGUUGGAACAUUGUAAACAGCAAUAAGGAUGACUGAGAUGGCAAUUAAAGGCUUCUUCCAAAUGGUGCAUUUCAAGCUCAGGUUGACUUACAUAAUGAACAUGAAUGAUAUGAGAAAACUGAUCAUGAGUCUGUCUAUUCUUCAUUAGAAUAUGUAUUUGAUUUCAUUGAUGGGUGGAGAAUUAUACCUAAAGGUACCAUCAUUUUAUUAAAUGCAAAAUAAAAUCUUCAAAUGAAGAAACUGUAGAAGUAAAUCUGAAAUACCAGAAGUAUUCAUCUCUUCCAAUGAAAACAAGAGCACUAAGCAGAUAAAAUGACGGAGAAUUAUCUAAAAGAAGAGUGGCUAGAAGGUAGCACAGUAUUAUCAACCAUUCUGGGGUAAUGAGAUCUCAGUGGUUGACCAUGGGGUUAAUCAUAACUCAAUUAGCUUUCCAUUUUCAUUCCAUUUUUAACUAGAGACUUAGGAUGAGAUCCUCACCGGACUAUUGCACUUUUACAGAGGGUAAAAGAGCUGAAGCUGUGAAGUGAGACCACCUCUGAUAUAUGCAUUGCAGAAGACAGCCACAAGAUCUUCUGAACAUCACUGCAGGCUCUGGUUUAGGGCAAUAACUACAGCACUAAUCAAGGUCAUAGCUAUGUUUGUAAUCUGUAGAACAGCCUGGGAGGCUGCUGUAACUUAGACCUCCAGGGCUUUCUGAAUUAUGCCAGGAGCUGCUCCAGUUCCAAGGCAGGCCAGGACUAGGAGGAUGCAAAAGUGGCUUUAAAACCACCUAAGCUUUCCCAUCCUGUGGGCUGUGAGUUUCUGUGUUCAGCCUCUUAGGCUAUGUCUACAUAGCAGUGUUAUUUUGGAAUAAUUCAUAUUAUUCUGAAAUAACAGUCUGCAUCUACAGAGCAAGCAGUUAUUUCAAUAUAAUGUUGAGCUGGAGCACUUCUUACUCCAACUCCUAUAACCCUCAUUUUAGGAGGAGUAAGAGAAAUUGGAGGAAGAGUGCUCUUUGUCAGACUUCCAGCUGCGUAGAUGGCGUCAAAAGCCAAAAUAAGCUAUUUUGACUUGAGCUACGUCAAUUACGUAUCUUAUGUUACGUAGUUUAUUUUGGUGUUAGCCCUGCUGUGUAGAUGUGCCCUUAGAGGGCAGCAUAAAAUCUUAAUUAUUUGUGUGUAGAAAGGCUUUUUGAUAGUGACAAGCAUUGAAAACUCAGUGACUCAUCAAGGAUGCAUAAGAAUGGCCAUACUGCAUCAAACCAAUGGUCCAUAGUGCCUGGUAUCCUGUCCUCUGACAGUGUCCAGUGCUAGAUGACCUAGAGGGAAUGAACAGAUCAG